CUCCUCCCAAAAGACGGGGCCUCCAAAGUGUGCAAAUUGUUCGAAAAAUCACUUUGGGAAGUGCAAUGCACCCCCGAGGUGUUAUCAAUGUGGGAACACGGGCCACAUGAAGGCCAAUUGCCCACAACUGGGGGGCGGAGGAGCUCCGGGAUCCGGAGGAGGAACCAUGACGGGGAGGAACCGUGCGGGCCCAUCAAACGGCGGUGCGGGAAGAGGCGGCGCGUCCACAAGUCAUGUCGCGUCCGUAAAUCAAGGCGGGACCCAAGCACGAGUGUACGCAAUGACCGAGGCGGAUGCGCGAGCAAACCCGGACUCCGUUGCAGGUUGAAGCUAGGGCUUGCUACUUGCACCUUCUCACGGGUGAUAUCAAAUCAGGAAGACGUGGUUCGUGCUUCCUUAUUUUCUUUCAAACUACCGAACACUUGCUCAUGGAUAUUUGCUCUACUAUAAACUAUUUUUGGGGCUUGCAUGCCCAUGUUGUUGGCCGGUUGUGGCUUAUGACUUACCGUUGAAUAUUUCCGCUAUUCAUUGGUUUAAAUGUGAUGUUGUUAUGUAUGUUUACUA